CCUGCCCCGCGCAGCCCCGGGCCCGCCCGCCGCCAUGGCGGACCCCGCCGAGUGCAGCAUCAAGGUGAUGUGCCGCUUCCGGCCCCUCAACGAGGCCGAGAUCCUGCGCGGAGACAAAUUCAUCCCCAAAUUCAAGGGCGACGAGACCGUGGUCAUCGGGCAAGGGAAGCCCUACGUCUUUGACAGGGUUUUACCUCCUAACACAACCCAGGAGCAAGUUUAUAAUGCCUGUGCCAAGCAGAUUGUCAAAGAUGUCCUGGAAGGUUACAACGGCACAAUCUUUGCUUAUGGACAAACCUCAUCAGGAAAAACCCACACCAUGGAGGGGAAGCUGCACGACCCUCAGCUGAUGGGAAUCAUCCCCAGGAUCGCACACGACAUCUUUGAUCACAUCUACUCCAUGGACGAGAACCUGGAGUUCCACAUAAAGGUUUCCUACUUUGAGAUCUAUCUGGACAAAAUAAGGGACCUGCUCGAUGUGUCAAAGACAAACCUCGCUGUACAUGAAGAUAAAAACAGAGUCCCCUAUGUUAAGGGCUGCACAGAAAGGUUUGUGUCCAGUCCUGAGGAAGUUCUGGAUGUCAUCGACGAAGGGAAGGCCAACCGGCACGUGGCCGUGACAAACAUGAAUGAGCACAGCUCGAGGAGCCACAGCAUCUUCCUCAUCAACAUCAAACAGGAGAACGUGGAAACGGAGAAGAAACUCAGUGGGAAGCUUUACCUGGUGGAUUUGGCUGGCAGUGAGAAGGUCAGCAAAACUGGAGCAGAGGGGGCUGUCCUGGAUGAAGCUAAAAAUAUCAAUAAGUCUUUGUCUGCUCUGGGCAAUGUGAUCUCAGCCUUGGCAGAGGGAACUAAAACCCACGUUCCCUACCGAGACAGCAAAAUGACACGGAUCCUGCAGGAUUCCCUGGGUGGGAACUGCAGGACCACCAUCGUCAUCUGCUGCUCCCCCUCCGUCUUCAACGAGGCAGAGACCAAGUCCACCCUGAUGUUUGGCCAGAGGGCCAAGACCAUCAAGAACACGGUGUCUGUGAACCUGGAGCUGACGGCAGAGGAGUGGAAGAAGAAGUAUGAGAAGGAGAAGGACAAAAACAAGAGUUUAAAGAACGUUAUCCAGCACCUGGAGCUGGAGCUGAACAGGUGGAGGAAUGGAGAAGCUGUGCCCGAGGAGGAGCAGAUCAGUGCCAAGGACCAGAAGAACCUGGAGCCUUGUGAUAACACCCCAAUUAUUGAUAACAUCACCCCCGUGGUCGCCAGCAUCUCCACAGAGGAGAAGCAGAAAUACGAUGAGGAGAUCGCCAGUCUCUACAGGCAGCUGGAUGAUAAGGAUGAUGAAAUCAACCAGCAGAGCCAGUUGGCUGAAAAAUUAAAGCAGCAAAUGUUGGAUCAAGAGGAGCUUUUGGCCUCCACGAGGAGGGACUAUGAGAAGAUCCAGGAGGAGCUGACCCGGCUGCAGAUCGAGAAUGAGGCAGCCAAGGAUGAAGUGAAGGAGGUGCUCCAAGCCCUGGAAGAGCUGGCUGUCAACUAUGACCAGAAAUCCCAGGAAGUGGAGGACAAAACCAGGACCAACGAGCAGCUGGCGGAUGAGCUGGCACAGAAAAGUAGUGCUCUGACAGCGACCCAGAGGGAGCUGGGCCAGUUGCAGGAGCUCAGCAACCACCAGAAGAAGAGAGCCACAGAAAUCCUGAACCUGCUGCUGAAGGAUCUGGGGGAGAUCGGGGGAAUCAUCGGCACCAACGACGUGAAAACCUUGGCAGAUGUGAACGGGGUGAUCGAGGAGGAGUUCACCAUGGCCAGGCUCUACAUCAGCAAGAUGAAGUCGGAGGUGAAGUCGCUGGUGAACCGGAGCAAGCAGCUGGAGAGCGCCCAGAUGGACUCCAACAGGAAGAUGAACGCCAGCGAGAGGGAGCUCGCGGCCUGCCAGCUCCUCAUCUCCCAGCACGAGGCAAAGAUCAAAUCCCUGACAGACUACAUGCAGAACAUGGAGCAGAAGAGGAGGCAGCUGGAGGAGUCCCAGGACUCCCUCAACGAGGAGCUGGCCAAGUUACGCGCUCAAGAAAAAAUGCAUGAGGUCAGCUUCAAGGACAAGGAGAAGGAGCAUCUGACACGACUGCAGGAUGCAGAGGAGAUGAAGAAGGCUCUGGAGCAGCAGAUGGAGAGUCACAGGGAAGCCCACCAGAAGCAGCUGUCCAGGCUGAGGGAUGAAAUCGAAGAGAAGCAGAAAAUAAUCGAUGAAAUCAGGGACAUGAACCAGAAGCUGCAGCUGGAACAGGAGAAGCUGAGUGCAGAUUAUGAUAAAUUAAAAAUCGAGGACCAGGAAAGAGAAAUGAAACUGGAAAAGCUCAUACUCCUUAAUGAUAAAAGGGAACAAGCAAGAGAAGACCUUAAAGGGCUGGAAGAAACAGUGGCAAGGGAGCUUCAGACUCUUCACAAUCUGCGCAAACUGUUUGUCCAGGAUCUUACCACCCGUGUUAAAAAAAGUGUUGAACUGGACAGUGAUGAUGGAGGUGGAAGCGCUGCGCAGAAGCAGAAAAUUUCCUUUCUUGAGAACAACCUGGAACAACUUACAAAGGUUCACAAACAGCUGGUACGUGAUAAUGCAGAUCUUCGUUGCGAGCUUCCUAAGCUGGAGAAACGCCUUCGAGCUACGGCAGAGAGAGUUAAGGCCCUGGAGAGUGCACUGAAGGAGGCCAAGGAAAACGCCAUGCGCGACCGCAAGCGCUACCAGCAGGAGGUGGAUCGCAUUAAGGAGGCCGUGAGAGCCAAAAACAUGGCCCGGAGAGCACACUCCGCCCAAAUUGCCAAGCCCAUCCGCCCUGGUCACUACCCCGCGUCUUCUCCGACGGCCGUCCACGCCAUCCGAGGGGGAGGGAUGUCCAACUCCAGCUACUACCACAACACCAAAUAAACGAGAGGUCAGUUCCACUUAGCAUGUUAAGGACUGUCAUUAAGUCACAUUAGUUUCUUUUUUGCCCCUCUCCAACCCGGUCCACGUCCUGUCCACCCUGCGCUUCCCACGGCCGUCGGCGAUGCCCCGCUCCAGGUACUCCGAGCUUCGUAGGAUCUCCACGUGUACAGAAGUGUCCAGCUCAGCUCCUCCAGAUCCUUGUACAAUGUCUGGAACAUUCCCACCUCAGUAAGGAUGAUAGGGAGUCUGCCACUCCGAAUUCCACGACCCCUUGGCGCUGCUUAGGUUGGGGCUUCUCCACUCAGAGCGAUGCUUUGUUUUUUUUCCCGAGUCCUCCGUUGGCAUCGGUAAUUCCCGACUUCUGGCAUCAAGGAAUUAAUUAUUCCAUGACCAAGUGCCAUCAAAGGCAGGUGAUUGUGCUCUGUCAUGACUGAUUUCCUGUAUAAUAUACAUAUUAUUUUAUAUUUUUAGGGGAUGAA